AUGCUGGGGAAGCGGGGUGCUCCCUGUCCCCACCCCUGGGCUGCUCUCCACAGGGCUGGCCUUAUUAAUCGUGUCCUGGCCCCCUCCAACCGCAGGCUUUUUGGGGAUCGCUGUCCACCGAUAUCGCUCUCCUGUUUCCAGACUCCGCGGCGCAUCCCCUACAGCGAGGCCAUUGGGCAGGAAUUCAGACCAGCUAAAGUGGGAGACUCCUUUGGGCCCACGUGGGAGACGUGCUGGUUUAAGGUGGAGCUGAGCAUCCCCCCGGCAUGGGCAGGGCGGGAAGUGCACUUCGUCUGGGAGAGCGAUGGCGAGGGCAUGGUGUGGCGAGAUGCGCAGCCUGUCCAGGGUUUGACUAAGGAGGGUGAGAAGACCAGCUACAUCCUGACGCGCAGCAUGAAAGAGCCAGAGCCCCACAGUCUGACGCUGUAUGUGGAGCUGGCCUGCAAUGGUCUCUUUGGGGCUGGCAAGGGCAGUAUGAUUGCCCCUCCAGAUCCUGACAGGAGGUUCACACUGAGCAAGGCCGAGCUGGUUGUCUUCAACAGAGAUGUCUAUGAACUGCUGAUGGAUCUGGAAAUACUGCUGGACAUGGCCCAGCUCCUCGGGGAGGAAAAUCAGAGGAGUUUCCAGGCACUGUACACUGCCAACCAGAUGGUCAACGUGUGUGACGUUAUGGAUCCCUCCACCUUUCCUGCUGCCCGUGACCUGGCUGCAGCCAUCUUCAGCCAGAGGAACGGCGAGAGCCAGCACACCAUCCAUGCUGUGGGUCACUGCCACAUUGACUCUGCCUGGCUGUGGCCGUACGAGGAGACCAUCCGUAAGUGUGCUCGGAGCUGGGUCACGGUGGUCCGUCUGAUGGAGUGCAAUCCAGAACUCACCUUCGCCUGCUCCCAGGCACAGCAGUUCGAGUGGGUGAGGAGCUGGUACCCCGGGCUCUACGCGCAGGUUCAGGACUUCGUGGCGAAGGGGCAGUUCGUUCCUGUUGGAGGCACCUGGGUGGAGAUGGAUGGGAACCUGCCCAGCGGGGAGUCCAUGGUGCGGCAGUUCCUCCAGGGACAGCGGUUCUUCCAGGAGCAGUUUGGACGGAUCUGCUCGGAGUUCUGGCUGCCGGACACAUUUGGAUACUCAGCCCAGCUGCCCCAGCUGAUGCGUGGCUGUGGGAUCAGGCGGUUCCUCACACAGAAACUCAGCUGGAACUUGGUGAAUGCCUUCCCGCAUCACACCUUCUUCUGGGAAGGCAUUGAUGGUUCCCGAGUGCUGACCCAUUUCCCCCCCGGUGACUCCUAUGGGAUGCACGGGCGAGUGGAGGAGAUGCUGAAAACAGUGAAGAACAACAAGGACAAAGGACGUGUGAACCACAGCGCUUUCCUCUUUGGCUUUGGAGAUGGAGGAGGGGGCCCCACACAGAAAAUGCUGGACAGGAUGAAGAGAAUGACUGACACGGAUGGGCUGCCAAGGGUUCAGAUCUCCACUCCCGACCGACUCUUUUCUGCCCUGGAGAAGGAGUCAUCACAGCUGUGCACCUGGGUGGGAGAGCUCUUCCUCGAGCUGCACAACGGCACAUACACCACCCAGGCCCAGAUAAAGAAAGGGAAUCGGGAGUGCGAGCGAAUACUCCAUGAUGUCGAAGUACUCAGCACCUUGGCUGUGGCACGGGGUGGCGCGUUCCAGUAUCCUGCUAGCCAGCUGCAGCGGCUCUGGAGGUUGUUGCUGCUCAACCAAUUCCAUGAUGUUUUGCCAGGCAGCUGUAUUCAGCUGGUGGUUGAGGACGCCCUGCAAUACUACGCAGAGAUCCGCAGGGCUGGCGCUCGGCUGCAGGAGGAAGCUGUGCAGUCCUUAUGCAGGGAACUGCUGCAGCCCAAGGCAGGGAACACCGAGAGCACCCUGGUGUUGAACACUUUGCCUUGGGAACGGACCGAGGUGAUCUCCAGGACCGGGCCAGCCGGAACAGAGACUUUAGCUCUGGUGACAGUCCCCAGCAUGGGCUAUGCUGUGAGGGAGCCAUUGCUGCCCCCUCAGCCUGUGGCAGUGAGGAGGCAGGAGGACGGCUCCAUUGCCAUGGAGAAUGGGGUGAUUGCAGUCUGCCUGGACGUGAUGGGACGCCUGACCUCGCUUCGGCUGGUGGACUCCGAGAGAGAGUCAGUUCCAGGUGGCUGCUGUGCCAACCAGUUUGCGCUCUUUGAUGAUGUUCCCCUGUACUGGGAUGCCUGGGAUGUGAUGGAUUAUCACCUGGAAACCAGGAAGCCAGUGACAACGCUGCUGAAGCCUCUGGAGAUCACCCUAGCUGGGGGCCUGCGGGGAAGCGCAAGCUUCUCUCUGCAGAUCGGGGAAAGCAGCACCUUAACCCAGGAGAUCAUCCUGGAUGCCACGUGCCCGUACCUCCGCUUCCUCACCCAGGUUGAGUGGAAGGAGGCUCACAAGUUCCUGAAGGUGGAGUUCCCUGUGCAGGUCCGGAGCACCAACGCCACCUACGAGAUCCAGUUUGGACACCUGCAGCGGCCAACGCACUGGAACACGUCCUGGGACUGGGCUCGAUUCGAGGUGUGGGCUCACAAGUGGCUGGAUCUCUCCGAGCACGGCUUUGGGGUGGCACUGCUGAACGACUGCAAAUAUGGGGCAUCAGCCCAUGGGAACAUCCUCAGCCUCUCACUGCUGAGAGCACCCAAGUCCCCCGAUGCCAUGGCAGACAUCACGCACCACCAGUUUACCUACGCCGUGAUGCCUCACCUGGGUUCCUUCCAGGACGCCGGUGUGAUCCAGUGUGCCUAUAACUUGAACUUCCCCCUCCACGUGGUCCCGGCCAGCUCUGCACGGUGCCCGCCCUGGAGCGCCUUCUCCGUCAGCUCCCCUGCAGUUGUGCUGGAGACUGUCAAGCAGGCCGAGGACAGACCCGAAGCCGUGGUGGUUCGGCUGUACGAGGCGCACGGCAGCACGCUUGUCGCCUGGCUCCAGACCUCCCUCCCCGUUCAGGAGGCGGUGCUCUGCGACCUCCUGGAGCGGCCGGCUGCCCAGGGCCGCCUGCCGCUGGAGCAGCGGGGCCUGAGGCUUUCCUUCACACCCUUCCGUGUGCUCUCCAUCCUCUUGGUCUUGAGGCAGUGACACUGUCCGCUGCCCUUCCUGAUGCCGCAGCAACCUGGACCAACAUUGACCUCCAGUCGCAGUCUGAGGCUUCCCCCGUCCCCAGAGCUGUGCAAGGACGUGGCGGUGCCAGGGAAGGGCAGUCUCCCUCUUUUCUCCCCACCCAGCCAUCAGAGCAGCACUAGAGAAAACCACGUUCUUCAGGAAAGGAGCAGAGUUUCCCCCUGCCUGGCCAGGGCAGGAGGGCCCGGUGAGUUCCCAGCUAGCUGAAGCAUGGGGCAGGUUGAGGGACAGGCUGGCUGGCCCUGCACGAGCUCUGCUCCAGCACAGGGGGAUUUGGGGAGCAGCAGCUUUCCUCCGUGGCUCCUGUGUCUCAUCCAGACCCUAGCAACGAGUGUACACACACUACAGUCACUCCCCUCUCCCCUCGCUUGCCUCUUGCACUGCCCUGGAAGAAGGGGAACACAAGUAAAGGAGAAUUAUGGAAAACAAGCUCCAACCUGUUUUCUUAUGGCCAGAUAAGAUUACUGAUCUGCUUCCCCCCAGGGG